AUCGGAACAAAAAGAGGCAGGACUUAUUAGGGAAAUGAAUUUCCUUGUCUGUGUCAGAAGAGCGCAGGAGCGGAAUGGCGAAUUAAACCAUUAAACAGACCGAAAACAGUCAUCUUUCUCACGGUUUCUGAUGUUUCACUAUCUGAUGGACUCCUCUGCGCGUGUUAAAGUGAGCUGGUUGAUGUGAAAUCGGCCUCGCCUGUGAUUGUGGAGCCGCGGAUGUGUGCGAUGAUGACCGCGGAGCUGCUGCUGUCGGACCCGGACAGCCGCUUCUGCGCCGAUAACCUGCUGACCAGCGAGGACUGGGAUGCCUGUCUGUAUCAGUGUGAGGAUAUGGAGGAGGAUUUCACCGGAGAACUGAAGUAUAACACAUCGCUGGACCGGGAUCUCAUCCUCACGCUGGACCCUGAUAACCCCACGUCACCAUGGAAGAACCUGGACCUGAACCUCACAGGUGAAAUGUCAGUCAUGAAGGAUGAAAUGACAAUAACACAACCUCUGCCAGUGGACAUGUUUUUCCAGGUGAAGACGGAACCUCCGUCACCGUCGUCGUCUCUGACUUCUGACAGCUCCAUACCGUCUUUACCUGAAGCUCAGGUGAUGGUGAAAAGUGAGAACCCGCCCACUCCGCCGUACAUGUAUGGAGACGUGCUGUCGCCGCCGCUGGCCAGUGUGGAGGUGACCGUCGCCAGCGUCGCUCCACAGCAUCAGCCUCCUGCUGCCCUGACCGUGCAGACGCUGAGCAGCCUCGACGCACAAACCACAGCCACACUGAAGGCCAGCAGCAUUCUGAGCAGCAAACCUCUGCUCCAGCCCAAACCCGUGUGUGUGACGCCGCUGCCCGUGGCUCCGUGCCCGAGUCCAGCCAAAGCCCUGAUCCUGCAGAGCCUUCCUGUUCCUGUUCCUGUUCCUCCGAUCGACCAGAACGCCACGCCUGUGGUUCUGUCUCAGUCCGUGUGUCUGGGUUCAGCUCCCGCUAUAGUGAAGAUGGAGCCUCUCUCUCCCAGCAUGCCUCACUGCAGCAGCCCGUCAGCCCCGGCCCCGAGCAAACCCAUCAUCCCCGCGUCCAGCCUGCCUGCCAGCAGCUGCAGUGACAUAGACAUGAAGGUUCUGAAGCGGCAGCAGCGCAUGAUCAAGAACCGAGAGUCGGCCUGUCAGAGCCGCAAGAAGAAGAAGGAGUACCUGCAGAACCUGGAGGCGCAGCUGCGGGAGGCGCAGCAGGAGAACGAGCGUCUGCGCAGAGAGAACCAGGCGCUGCGGCUGAGGCUCGCCGGGAAAGAGGCUGUUGAAUCCGGCAGCAAUAAGAGAGCAGUGUGUGUGAUGGCUCUGUUCCUCUUCAUCACCUUCACCUUCGGCCCCGUCAGUCUCAAAGAGCGGACGCUGGACGCGGGGCUAGAGGAAGCUGCCGUGCCUCUGACAGGAAGACACCUGCUGGAGUUUGAGAGCUCUCAGGAGCCGAGCGGGAACAUGGAGCGAGAGGAAGGAGAAGCAGAGCUGGAGAAAGAGCCUGCGCUCUCGUAUCCGUUCAGGAAUCAGAGCGCUGUGUUCAGUGACGUGAAGGAGCUGCUCCUGCAGGAUAUCGACCGGUACUUCUCCUCUCCGGACUGCCGGCAGUUCAACCGCUCCGAGUCCCUCCGGUUGGCGGAUGAGCUGCGCGGAUGGGUUCAUCGUCAUCAGAGCAACCGGAAGUCUGAUGGGAAGCCCAAGGCUGUGAAGAAGACUAAAAUAGCUCAGCAGAAAGCUCAGCACAGGAAGACCAACUUCUCCAGGUACCUUCCCAUUCAGGCUCAUCGAUCCAUCGAAAGUCAGCUGCAGGUGCUGCCGGGGCCGGAGAUCAGCUACAGCGACUUCCUGGACGCCAUCGACCGGCGCGAGGACACCUUCUACGUCGUGUCCUUCAGACGGGAUCACCUGCUGUUACCCGCCAUCAGCCACAACAAAACAUCUCGACCCAAAAUGUCUCUGGUCAUGCCUGCCAUGGCCAUCAACGAUUCGGUGUACAACUCGUCUCAGGGCGGUUAUGAGAUGAUGAUGCAGGUGGACUGUGAGGUGAUGGACACCAGGAUCAUCCCAAUCAAAUCCUCUGUAGUCCCGCCCUCUCUCAGAGACCCGCCCCCCGCCCCACCUCCUCACCAUCAUCACCACGGCAACCACACCUCCCUCCGCAGCCGCACUCAGCAGCCCCACGGCAGGCGGAGGGGAUCGGGUUACUUGAUCAGCCAGAGCGGGUCCGUGUGACGCUGAAGUGACGCUCCUUCAGUCCGUUGCACUUACACUUCCUUCCUUCCUGUUUGUGUUCAGACCUUCUGUUCCUGUAUGCAGUGCAUCACCUGCUGUCUUUUUUUCUUUUUAUACAUAUGUUGUUUUGUUUUUUUUACAGAUUUUUAUUGAGAUUAUUUAAAAAAUAAUGUGCUUCUUCUAGAGGUGUGUGAUAUAAAUAUUUGAAUAUAAGAAGUAAUUUCCGUCACAGUCACGCGUUUCUACAUGUAUGUACUUUCCCCUUUCUCACAGUUGAGUUUUUCAGAUAUAAAUCAGGAGGUUUGCUGAAGAUCGUCAGUUCUCAUUGGAGCUCGUAGUUUUUGACGUCACAUUUUAGGACGUUCCAGAAUCUUCUGCCUGUAAUGUUUUAGUUUGCAGACGUCUGGUCUUCAAUGUGUUGCUGCUUUUGCUACAAACCACUACUAUGAUCCGAUAACAUCUGUAAUAUUUGCUGACAUUCACGUUCGUUCAGCUGAAGUUAUUAUUGUAAAGACUCGAUACAAUCCGGAAUGGAUCUGUUUUCCAAUCACAAUGUUUUUAUUAGUGAAUGAGUUUUGAUUGACAGGUGUGUGAAGCGUUUGUUUGCCGACCCAAACGUCUGUUUAACCGUUUAACGGUUUGUUCACACACAAAGGGAACAAAACGGAUGUAUAUUUUCAUUGCAGAGACUUUUCUUUCUGUGAAGUUGUUUAUCUUCUGAUCGAAGAUAUUUUUUGUUUUCCGUCUGCGAUCUUCAUGACUUCUUUUCAAAUGUAUCUGUCCAUCUGUGAUGAUGAUGAUGAUGAUGAUGAUGAAACUUUCCCAUCAUGCAAUGCUCCAGCAUGCUUCUGUUAUCUGUGAUGGAGGGAUGAUUUAUGUAAAUUUAAACCUGCUUUUGUACUUUUUUAUUUAAACGAGCAUUCACAAGGAAAAUGCUUUACAUUUUCUCUCCCUGUCUUGAACUACUGUCUUCGUUUGUAGAGGAGAAAAUAAAUUUGAUAAAUACUAA